AUGCUUCACGUCUUCAGAGCCUCAAACUUAAUGUUCUGUGGAGAAUAUGAACUCGAGGAAGCUAGAACUUUUUCUAGGAAAAUACUUGAGAAAACCGUUUCAACAGGAAAAGGAGCCUUAUUUCAACAGAUAGAGCACGAGUUGAGUUUUCCAUGGUUUGCUCGGUUGGAUCAUUUAGAGCAUAGAGGGUGGAUACAAGAAACAGAAGCUAAUGUUUUAUGGAAAGGAAACACAUCAUACAACAGGGUAUCAGGUCUUUAUAACGAUGAAUUGCUACAACUUGCAACUCUAAACUUUGAGUUUAAGCAAUUGAUAUACAAAAAUGAGCUUACGGAACUUAAGAGGUGGGUUGAAAAGUGUGGUAUGAAUAAUAUGGGAUUUGGCAGAGAAAAAAGCACUUAUUGUUACUUUGUUGUUGCUGCUAGUUUAACAUCACUCCCUCAUGAUUCUUACGUACGAAUACUCAUAGCUAAAACUGCAAUUAUAAUCACAGUUGCUGAUGAUUUCUUUGACACUGUUGGUUCUCUCAAUGAACUAGAAAUCCUCACAGAAGCAGUUCAAAGAUGGGAUGCAAGAGGCCUAAGCAGCCACAACAAAGUUAUAUUUGAUGCACUUGAUGGUCUUGUGAGUGAAGCUUCUAGGAAAUAUCUCCAACAAGAAGGAACUUCUGAUGAUAUCUCAAGCAACUUUAAAGAUCUAUGGUACGAGACUUUCCUGUCAUGGCUCAUAGAAGCAAACUGGAGCAGAAAUAGACACAAACCAUCUAUUGAUUGUUACCUCGAAACAGGCAUGACUUCAGUUGGUGCAUCUCUCAUGGUGCUUUCAUCUUCAUGUUUUGUGAAACCAACCAAGAAACUUAGGCUAACACCAUAUGAACCAUUGACGAAACUAUUAAUGGUCAUUUCUCGUUUAUUAAAUGAUGUCGAGAGUUAUCAGCUUGAUGAACAUGGUUGA